AGAAAGUCGAGUUGUAGUGGUUGAGCUUGAUAGUAGUUGGCUGUACUGCGUAGAUUGUCGCGGUUGGUGUGCGUGAAGUUUCUCCCGGUCAUCCAGCCCAGGCAGCCCCGUUUGACGACCCAAAGUACCCUGCAGUACUACGCCAGCGCGGGAGUGACCUCACAGGCUCCCUCACACCCAGCCCCGUUUCGCUUCCCCCAACCCUGGCACAUUUCCCCAUUACCUCAUCCGGAUCUCAUCCGCCGUCCAUCCAUCCAUCAUCAUCCAUCAUCAUCCGUUUCUCUCCACACCCAACCUCACAACCUCACAUCCUCCUUCUUCCCUAUUCAUUCCCCCAUCUCCAUCAACUCCCAUCUCGUCUUCGUUCCUUUUCUUUUCCUUUUUCCUUCUCUUAUUGUUUCUCUCUACAUCUCUAAUCGUUCGAAUCUCUCUUGAUUUCCGUCCCUAAAUUGCUCCACGGUCUGACCAGCCACCAUGAAGUCCACUCUGCUGCUUGCAGCGGCUGCUCUCCUGGGCACGUCGUCUGCAAAGGUACACAAGUUAAAACUGAACAAACUGUCUCUAUCUGACCAACUUGACAAUGUCAACAUUGACACCCACGUCAAGGCGCUUGGUCAAAAGUACAUGGGAAUCCGACCAAAUCAACAUAUUGAUGAGAUGUUCAAAGGUGCUGCCCAAGCUUCUGGGGGGCAUAGUGUUCUGGUAGACAACUUCCUCAACGCUCAAUACUACUCUGAGAUUACUAUCGGCACCCCUCCCCAAACUUUCAAGGUUGUCCUUGAUACCGGAAGCUCCAACCUCUGGGUUCCAUCGAGCGAGUGUGGCUCCAUCGCCUGCUACCUUCAUAACAAGUACGACUCGUCCACCUCAUCGACCUACCAGAAGAAUGGUUCUGAAUUCGCCAUUCGCUACGGCUCUGGAAGUCUCUCCGGCUUCGUUUCCCAAGACACCGUCCGAAUCGGUGACCUGACCAUUAAGAGUCAACUCUUUGCAGAGGCGACCAACGAGCCUGGCCUUGCAUUUGCCUUCGGCCGAUUUGAUGGCAUCCUAGGCCUGGGAUAUGACACUAUCUCUGUCAACAAGAUCCCGCCUCCCUUCUACGAAAUGGUCAACCAGGGGCUUCUCGAUGAGCCCGUGUUCAGCUUUUAUCUGGGCGAUGCCAACAUCGAAGACGAUGACUCCGAAGCCGUGUUCGGAGGCAUCAACAAGGAUCAUUAUACUGGUGAACUUGUUAUGAUCCCCCUUCGCCGCAAGGCCUACUGGGAAGUUGAUCUCGAUGCCAUUACCUUCGGCAAGGAAACGGCUCAGCUGGAGAACACUGGUGUCAUCCUUGACACCGGCACAUCCCUUAUUGCCCUCCCGUCCACCCUCGCCGAGCUUCUUAACAAGGAAAUCGGAGCCAAGAAGUCCUUCAACGGCCAAUACACCAUUGACUGCACGAAGCGUGACGGCCUGCCCGACCUCACCUUCACUCUGACCGGCCACAACUUCACCAUCGGUCCCUAUGACUACAUCCUGGAGGUGCAAGGGUCCUGCAUCAGCAGCUUCAUGGGCAUGGAUUUCCCAGAACCGGUUGGCCCUCUCGCCAUCCUUGGCGACGCCUUCCUGAGACGAUACUACAGCGUCUAUGACAUGGGCAACCAUUCUGUUGGCUUGGCGAAGUGCAAGUAAAUUUAGCCCACGCUGUCUAUUUGGUUUUUGCUUGCGCCUUCUCCCAGUCUGUCGACGGAUUGAUUUCGUUGGCAUUUAGCUAGAGCAGGAGGAAUUUGUUAGGGGAGUAGGUAGCUAGUAUGGUGGGAAGUAAGGACAAUAAUCAAAUCGUGCUAAGAUGUACUGUUUUCGUUUUUCUCCUUCUUUCUUUUUUCCCUUUUGUUCGCAUUUUCCCCCUCUUCUGAUCCCUGGUCUUUUCUUAAUCAGUACGUCAAUCUUUGUUUCUUUUCUUUUUUACUUUUUACUUUUUUUUUUCGUCUAUUUACUUUCCUAGUUCUUUGCAAGGAUGAACGGGAAAUCUCAUCUCCAGUGGUGUUUUUUCCGAAUGUUUGCUGUUUGCAGCUAUGGUAUCCCUACAUGUAGAAGGAGAAGUCCCUUGCUACUGUACUCUAUAUCUACCUAUGUCUUAGUAUAUAUAUAUAUAUAUAUAUGUAUAACCAGCAGAAUCCAGCUACGGGUCAUUGUGACUGAAAAUAGGUAAUAGUCUUAAGUCAUAAGAAAGUGAAUUGCACAUGAAUUUAUUUGAGAUAAUAAAUAAUAUAUGGUAGCAUGGACCAACAGUAGUAUUAUUAUUAUUAGAUUGGUAGAUACAGCUGAUAACACCAAG